UACGCUAAGGAGUGCUGUGAACCCUUCAGCGGAGUGUGUGUUAUAAAUACAAAUAAUAAAGAAAUUAAAGUAUCUAAAUAAUAAAUAAAAUUGAAAGGAUUACAAAGGCCUGAUCUGCCACCUACUAUAAAUAAAUAAAUAAAAUAAAAUUCCGGGGGCUCGCAGCGCGCAAAUUAUGUCACGCUACGCAAAUAAGGUCAUCCUAUCGAUAUUUUUGUUGAUCCAACUGACGACGUUGUGUCUAAGUAGUGAAACCGGUACCAAUGCGGAGGCCAACAGCGAUGCGGUGGACGAAAGUUCACUUGCGCUAGAAAAUAAGGACUACUAUUGCCUGCGGAAUGUUACCUACUAUGAGGAGAAAGCAGUAGACAAGACCCGUGAAGUGGAGAUUAAGCCGAGCGGUGUGUUUAAAUGGUUUAAGAAGAGCAAAACACAGGUGGAGCACUACGUCGAUAUGGUGAAGGUGCCGCAUCAGCGACUAAAGAAUGACUGCUGCGAAGGCUACGCAAUGGCUCCCAAUAAGACAUGUCUGCCCGUUUGCGAGCCCGCUUGCCCGGCCAACGCGUUCUGUCGUGCACCCAAAAUGUGCCAGUGCCGACGUGGCUACGACGCUGUCAAGUCGGCGCUGAAUGGCACACAUUACUGCGAACCGCGCUGCGCGUCCGGUUGCCCCUACGGUGGUAAGUGCGUGGCACCAGAGCUGUGCGAGUGCGCGCCGGGCUAUCGCGUCCAUGCGGGCAGCUGCAUACCCACUUGUGCUUCGGACUGUCUGAACGGACGUUGCAUAGCGCUGAAUCAGUGUGGUUGUGAUGCGGGCUACGCCAAGGAUUCGGCGACCGGUGAAUGUGUGCCAUUGGUGGAUUGUGGUGUGGUGAGUGAGUGCAUAGAAACGGCAAACAGCACUGAGCGCAGCGACAGCGGUGAGGGGACCAUAAGUAGUGUGACUGCGCUAAAUAUAAACGAGGCCGAGACGACCGAAACUGAGCUGAUGGCUACUGGCACCGACGAAAAUACCAUCACUGGUAAUCCAGCUUACAACAGCACAGUUAGUGAUGAUGGUGAUGAUGACGAUAUUGUACUUUUUCCCAGCAACGAGGAGGAGACGAAUUGUACACUUCAGCCCUGCAUCGGUGAUACUGCAUGCAAAUUGGUUGGCAGUUGCGCAUGCGCUGACGGCUUCAUACGCCACCAACCGGCACCGGUGAAUGAUGUGGAGGUGGGUCCCAUUUGUAUGGCAGCCACCGAACAAGAUGGGCUCACAAAUGCACGCGGCGCGGAUGGUGGUUGGACGGCUACGUUCUUUGUAGUUGUAGGCGUGGUCGUGAUGAUGUGCGCUUUGGUCGUGUUGUUCGUAAAGUUGUGGCGCCACCAGCAUGGCUCUUUGAAUGUGGAAGGGAAAACCGAGCCGUGUUGUAGAUAUGAUAAGAAUAGUACGAGCUCAGACAGCGGACAUGUGGACAUGUGCUGAGGGAUGGAUGUGUAGUCAGAGCUCAUUUGUGUAUGUACGUGUGGACUGUCGCUGUUUAAUUUCUAAGCUUUAAUUGAUUCGUAAUUUGCCAUAAUAAUAUUUAGUUGUUAUAAGAGUUCACUGUAUAUAUAAAACAUAAAAAUAA